CGCCGCCUCCCGCCUCCCUCCUCGUCCAGUCCUCUUCUCCAUAUGUCCCUUCCCCCACGAGCUCCUAUUGCCGCCUGCUUGAUUCCGUCCCACCUCCAGUGAUCUCCGUUGUGGAUCUAACCUCAUCCGUAGCCACAAGUCGGGGUCCUCCCCUUUGAUCAACCUGCAACUACGGCGACGCGCAAGGCAACCUUCAGGGCAAAGGCAAGGCGACUUCCUCUUUGCUGGCCAUGUCCUUCGACGUUCUCUCCUAAUCCUCCACCACCAAUCAGAGUAGGUGAGGGGGAACCUCCACCAUCCUGGAGUCCUAUUCCUGACCCUUAUAAUCUACAGAGUGAAAGUCAACAAGGUAUGGAGUCUGGGAAAAAAGGAGGUAGAGGCUACCUAACUUGGUCGGAUUCAAUGGACAAAGCUUUGUUGGAUGUCUUUGUUGAACAUUACAACAAGGGAGAUCGUGCUCAGAAUGGAUGGAAACCUCAUGUGUACACAGCUGCUGUCAAGAAUGUGAGAGAGAAGUGUGAAAUGGAAAUUACGAGGGAGAAUAUUAUAUCAAGGAGCAAAACUUUUGACAAGUACCAUGCUAUCAUAAGCAAGAUGCUCUCUCAGAGUGGUUUUGGUUGGGACUGGGACAACAACAAGAUCUCUGUUGACAGUGAGGAUGUAUGGAAUACUUAUGUUCAGGCAAACAAAUAUGCAACUUCAUAUCGACACAAGACUAUUAAGUUUUGGGACAUGAUUAGCUUAGUCUACUCGAAGGAUCGUGCUAACGGAGCGGGAGCUAGGACUGCGGCUGAAAGUGCAGCAGAAAUGGUUGCGGAGAAUGGUAACAACAGCAAGGACACUGACGCUGCCUCAUCCACUCAAGUCGAUGGAGAUCGAAAGAAGAAAAUGUAUAGAUCAGAUGACUCUAUUGCUUCCAUGCUUGGUGAGAAACUGGACAACUUCACUGCUGCUUUUCAAGCUGAUGUGUGCGAGCCCCCUCCAAAACAUGCAUCCCCUGAAGAAAUCCUAGCUGCUCUUGAUGCAAUACCUGGAUGGGUGAGGAUGAUGUGCUAGCAGUACGAUAUUCUUGUUUCCAAUGAACGCAAGUUCAAGUCUCUUCAAGCCUUGCCUGAUGGAAUGAAAAAGAAGUGGAUCUUGAAGCAAGUCAAUCCGUAGGAUCUUCCUUGUUGAACCGAAGCAAAGAUUCAAUCUUUAUGAUACUUGGUUGUUUGUGAAACUUGAUUGUGUUUUGUGAAGUUGUAACCUCUUGUCUUUCGUACCUCACUUGUGAACCAACUACUUUCUAUAUGAGCAAGUUGGGAACUUAACAAUCUUGGUAGU